AUGGGUUCUAUAGAGAAAAUUAUUGUUUUAACUGGAGCAGGAGUAAGCACGGCUAGUGGUUUACCCGAUUUCAGAUCUCCAGGCAGCGGAUUAUACGAUACUCUUGAUGAUGACGAAAUUAGUGAUCCAAUGGAUAUAUUUGAUAUUUCUUUUUUUGACCUCAAUCCUCACCCAUUCUACCGUGUUGCAAAGCAUUUACAUGCUAGUAAUUAUAAGCCAAAUUACUGUCACUAUUUUCUGAAAUUGUUAUUGGAAAAAAACCUCUUACUCCGUAUCUAUACACAAAAUAUUGACGGACUUGAAAGAAAAGCAGGCAUUCCAGAAGAGAAACUUAUCGAAGCUCAUGGUUCUUUUGCCAAUGCUACGUGUAGAAUAUGUAAAAAACGUUACACAAGUUCUGACAUUGAGGGAGCAAUAUUACAACAACAGGUGCCACGUUGUAAGGAUGAUAGAUGCCAGGGAGUUAUUAAGCCUGAUGUAGUUUUCUUUGGAGAAAACCUACCAUACAGAUUCUUUACUGAGCAAGCCACAGAUUUCAAACUGUGCGAUUUACUUAUUGUCAUGGGAACUUCCUUACAAGUUUAUCCUUUUGCGUCCUUAGCAAAUCAAGUCAGUUCUUCCGUACCCCGCAUAUUAAUCAACAAUGAAAUUGUUGGUACAUUUGGUAUGUACAAUAAAGAUGUAAUGGAAGUUGGUGAUAUUAUCAAGGGAUUGAAAAAAUUGACUCAGUCACUUAGUUGGGAAACUCAUAUGGAAUGCUUAUUGAAGAAACGAUAUAAUUUAGAUUCCUGA